AUGGCUUUCGACGCCCGCAAAGUACAACCGCCCGACGCAGAUACAGAUUUUACACAUAUCAAGGAUACUGUUGCCACGGUGGUGACGGGUCGAGGCCAAAUAGUGGAAUGGAGAAAUAGCAAGGUCACUGUGUUUGAAAAAGAUAACGACGGGAAGGAGAAGCGUACGCGGCUACCUCAUAAUGCAGAUGGAAGGUUAAAAGUUGAAGAGGGCUGGAAGCUAUACAUUGCAGAGGGGAAAUUCUUGGAGUUCGACGAGAGAGAUCUAUUGUGA